AGUGCCGAAAAUUUUGAGCUGGCAACCCCCUUUUCGCAUAAGUGUCGUCUGGCGUGAACACGCGGAUUUCACUUGGUGGAUUUUCAAAUUGAUAAAUAAGCUGAAAAAAAAAUGACCAAGAAGCGCCGUAACGGAGGGCGGAACAAGCACAAUCGCGGCCAUGUGAAGCCCGUGCGCUGCACCAACUGUGCCCGCUGCGUGCCCAAGGAUAAGGCGAUCAAGAAGUUCGUCAUCCGCAACAUUGUGGAGGCGGCUGCUGUGCGCGACAUCACCGAGGCCAGCAUCUGGGACUCGUACGUGCUCCCCAAACUCUACGCCAAAUUGCACUACUGCGUCUCGUGCGCAAUUCACUCCAAGGUGGUGCGCAAUCGUUCCCGUGAGGCACGUCGCAUCCGUACGCCGCCACUCCGCUCCUUCCCCAAGGACAUGGCCCGCAACAACCAGAAUAGGAAAUAAACUUUUCAUCUAACUGGAGAAUCGGGUCGAUGCUUAUGCUACACACCAACACCCGCAACAACAACAACAAGAACAGCAGCAGCAAAAGCAGUAAAAAUCAACUAAAUCCAUCAACUAUAAACUAGAACAAGUUUUCGAUAUGGCACUGGUCUAACUGGCGAGAAGCAGACGAAAUAUAAGCAUCCAGUUUUUACAUUACACCCGAA